AUGUUGCCGAAUGGGAGCAGCGCCUCCGCUUGGAGCUCGCAAGAACAGCAAGCUCAGUCACGGCUGCACCAAAUUUCCACGGAUUCAUGGUGUUCGCCUUCUGUUGUUAGUUCACCCAGCUCUUCGCUCCCGGGGGCACCUGGUGGUUCUUCCAGCAGCGUAAACAUGACACGACCCACGGAUCGACCUAACUCCUUAUCAAAUGUUUCACCUGUAGAGGCAGCAGGCAUCAUUGCCCUAUUAGAAGGCAAAAGUGUUGAUGAGCUAAGAAAGCUUCUGUCCGACAAGAAUUCUUAUCAAAACCUCUUACUCUCACUCGAACCUGUCAAAACUCACAACAGGGUGAGAGACGAACUUAGGAACGAAACGCUGCAGCUUGCCAGAGAUAAUUUGGAAAAAGAACCACUCAUAGUGGAGCUAAGAAAUCAGUGUAGAAUCAUUCGAACAACUGAACUUGCUGCUGCUCAAGAAAAGUUGCAUGAACUGGAAAGGAAGAAAGAAGACGCGCUCAAGUUUUACUCUCCCUCUUCCCUCGUCCAUCGACUCCAAGAAGCAAUGAAUGAAACAGAAGAUGAAUCUGAGGCCCUGCACAGGCAGCUUCUUGACCGAGAGCUUGACAUUACAGCCUUCGUACAAAAAUACAAGAAGAUGCGGCUUACUUAUCAUAAACGAGCACUCACGCAUCUUGCUAUGCAGACACCCGUACCCAGCAGAGCAUGAUCUCAAAUAUACACUUCCAUUUCUAUUGAUGGAUUAAUUAAUUUUGAAAGUGUUUGAUCAUCUAAUUCUUCAAAUACUCAGUCAUGUAUUUCUAUCCAACUAUUUCAUCCCAGAAAAUAAAAGCUCUUUUCAUAAGAAA